UCCGUCGGCACCUUCCUCCUCUCGUUCGCUGCGCUGCUCGUCGUCGCUCGUCGGCCCGCCGCUGCUCGGUCUGGGCCCCGCGCGGUCUCCGCCUCUGGGGAAGCGAUUCAAGGGUCUCGGAUCGAGCGACGUCGGAUUUGGGCGAAUUUUGCUUACCCGGCGGCCCGCUUUCAUGGACGGGGCGAGCUUUGUCGCUUCCGCAGGAGCUUGGCCGUCGUCCCGGGGUCUUAAACCUCGGACCUCAAUCGCAGAAUCUCCAUCGGUGACGUGAUGGGGCCAGAAGGCUGUCGUCGUCGUCUUCGUCGUAGUAGGCAGGUGACCGAAUUCGGUAAUCGAGGGGUGAUUUUGUUGCGCAAUUGUAUACGCUGCGGCAGGCGGGGGUGAUUGAUUGUUUCGGGAAAAUUGCUGUCGAGUGGUGGCGUCGUCGCGGUGAGAGAUUUUGCCAAGCGGUAGUUGUCGUGCGCGGGUGCGCCGAGACCGACGAGGAAGAUUUGCGCGCUUGUUCUGGGGGAUAAUUCGGAAGACCAGGUGGUGCCGGACGGGAGGAGUCGUGUUCGGAGACGAAGGUCGUUGGGGUCUACACGGAAUAUCAUGGGCUCUGAGUGCCUUCCAGAAUGAACCUUCUUCGUUGUCGGCACGACCUGCGAAAGUCUCACUCUUUUCCGAAUUCGCUUGACAUUCCUGAUCUUUUCCGAGCCUUUUGGGCUCCAUGUAGCUUGUUGCCUUGUGGGCUCCUUCUGUACGAGGUAGAAGCCGGGCGUGAGCCGAACGUUUCAUAGUCGCAUUCUGCGGGGCUGAGCUGGGUUCUUUGUUCUCGUGGAAGGUGGUGGUCUGCCUCCUCAGCGUUAUCUUCGAAACUUUUUCUUGAAUCAGAGCAUGCGCUUUAUGAAUGGAGCUCGAAGGCAUUCGAAAGUCGGGUUCUUCUGGCGGUGAUUGUUAAGAGGUGUAGAGAAAUUCAUGGUAGUAUGGAUUGAAGCUUGAAGAGUCCGCAAUUGGAAUCGCCGUCAUUGUCGGAGCUCUUUUAUGAGCUGAAUUGCGCACGUACUCCGGUCGAAUGGUAAGCAGAUGAGCGCGGUAAAACAUUGCGGAAAGUGGAUAAAUCCAGUCAAACCACUGCAACCAUGCCCGGAGUUGCUUGGGACGGUUCGGGAGAAGAUGUGGGCAUCAAUGGGCCAAUUGAGAAUGAUGAACUGCCUACAAUCACCGACUCCGGGAAGGUUUGCAUACUGAGUAUUGAUGGCGGGGGCAUGAGGGGUAUCAUCCCCGGACGAAUUUUGGCCUACCUCGAGGCAGCUUUGAAAGCGAGGAGCGGAAAUCCGAAUGCCAAAAUUGCAGACUAUUUUGACGUUGCUGCCGGCACGAGCGUAGGUGGUAUACUUACCACGAUGCUUUUUACCAAUGAUGGCACGGGGUCCCCUCUGUUUAGCGGCGAGGAAAGCUGGAGACUGAUUGCCGAGAAAGGGGAGCAAAUUUUCAAAAUUCCCAAAACCCAGCGAGCUUGGAAAAAGUUGAGGGGUAUUAUGACUCCGAGGUACUCCACGAAGUACCUUGAAGGGAUUUUGAAGCAGUAUCUCAUCAGGGAUGGCCGAGCACUAACUCUGAGAGAUACGCUGAAACCCGUACUCAUCCCUUGUUACGACCUUCAGAGUGCCGGUCCGUUUCUGUUCUCAAGAGCUGAUGCUCUGGAUUGCGAGGCUUGGGAUUUUUCUCUUUGGGAGAUUUGUCGUGCAACCUCUGCGGUUCCGUCGUUUUUCAAACCCGCUAACAUGACAUCUAUAGACGGUAAGACCACGUGUACAGCCAUCGAUGGGGGCAUUGUGAUGAACAAUCCGACCGCAGCUGCGAUCACUCACGUCCUGCACAAUAAGCUUGAGUUUCCUUCUGUACGAGGGAUGAGCGACCUGCUGGUUUUGUCAUUAGGCACAGGCCAGUUUGACCAAACGUAUGGCUAUAAAAAAGUUCGACACUGGGGCGCGUUCCAAUGGGCGAAACCCAUUGUUAAGAUAAUCCUGGAUGGUAUCUCCGAUAUGGUCGAUCACACUAUCAGCAUGUCAUUUGGUGAUACCUUUCGUAAGAACUACGUUCGUGUUCAGGUGUCAGGACUACCGGACAGAGCCUUAACAGAAAUGGAUGAUGGUAGUCAGGGGAAUGUAAAGCGCUUGAUGAAGUUGGCGGACGAGCUGCUUAAACAGAAGAGCAUGGAGCAUUUACCUUUUGGGGGUCGGAGGCCCCUAUCUGUGAGCAACAUGGAGCGGCUGGACUGGUUUGCCGAACAGCUGGUGCAAGAGCAGAAGGCUCGAUUGUUGAGGAAAAAUCCGACCGUGAUUCUGAAAAACGCCACCCGUGAUAGGUGUUGGAUUCAUUCCCGAGUAAACUGCUCGGAUUGUGAGGAUCAUGUGACCGUAAGAGAGAAGCUGAUCAUGCUUUUGAGCGACAGCCUAAAAGAACCAGAUUGCCUCCGUCCACGCAAUCUGAAAGCCCACAACUGCAGUCCUGCCGAAGAUCCGAUGUACAUCGGAAACGAAGAGGCAAGGCACGUGAGAGGUGCCAACAGCUAACUUCAUCAACUUUUGCCACAACAAAACCACCUCACAUCCAUCCAUGCCUGCCCAUGGCUUCACAGAAACCUAGCUCCGCUAUGAACGAGUGUGGACAUGAACUCAUAAGCCUUAAUUCGACAUCGUAAUGCGUAAUUAGUUCAACCUCCAGCAAUUCAAGGUGGGAGGGAAAGCACCGAAGCUUGUUCAGAUGCUGAAGCGGAACGCAUGCAACCACAAAUCAGGCGCGCGUCUGCGAGAAAUUGCGCUCACAGCCUGGAAAAGUUCAGUGCACUCGAGUCCGAUGGCACCACAGUCAAUCAAACCUCCGCAACCAACUCCACGACAUCUGAGUUCUAGCAGCGACACUUAAAGCGCAACGUGGUUCCGGUCCCAUGCACGCUUCCCUUAUUGCCCAACACAAAAGCAACGUGGGGUCGUCCCACGGCUCGUCGGCGGUUGCAGUCCCUGGUGGGGCAACGAUCAUUCUCGACAGUGCCCGCUCGGCAGCACGCAGGCGUCCGAUCUACCCUCCUCUCCUCUCCCCGCAAUUCCGUCACGUGGUCGCAGCGUCUCAGCGUGCUCUCACAACUCGAAAGAGAAAAGGGCGCUGGCGCCCGUGAAGCGACGACACGACAAUGAUGGCGCCGGACUGAGUGCAUCCGACAUGGCACGCGCCUGCAAUGACCUCCCCGGCCGGCCUCGAAGCGUACUCGAAAGCUUCCGUGCCAAUGCUCGUAGUGUUCAUCAAGCACAGGCAUCGGGCUCGAAGCCUUCGGUGCCGUCAGAGGUCUACGUGCUGCGGAGGACGGAAACGAAACGAGCUCAUCGCGGCACAGGGAGAGCUUGGUAAGCCUUUCUUUCCGUGCCCGCUUGAGGAUUCGGAUUCGGGGUCGAAGUCGAGGUCUCUCUCUCUCUCUCUCGGGUUCUCUCUCACCUUGAGGCUCAGGGCUCAAGUUCAGAUGUCCGAGAGCAUUCUAUUAAUACCAGCCAGCAGCGCUCGAGAAUCCCGCUCUCAACUGUCAACAGCACCUCGAUUGAGCAAACCGAGUAAAAUUCAUGACGGCUGUCAGACACAGCCGGCCACAGGCGGGCCCACAGAACUCCGGCGACCUUGGACUGAACAAACACACACACUCACUCAAACACACAUUUCGGAACUGGGCG